AUGAGGGCUUUGACGGCUUCGCAGUGCAGUGCAGCGCAUCCAGUGCAUAAUGUUCGGAGUUACGCAUUUAGUUCUCCUUUACAAGGAUUUGUUUUCAUAUCAAUUUUGCUUUUCUCAGCACCUUCCACGCGAGGAUUUUCCAAUGAACGAAGGAAUGUUUUGGUUUUGAUUGGCGAUGACGCAGGCUUUGAAACCCAAGUUUACAAUAACUCAGUCUGCAAAACUCCGAACAUCAACGCACUUGCUGAACGGAGCGUCAUAUUUAGGAAUGGUUUUACCUCAGUGAGCAGUUGCUCUCCAAGCAGAUCAACAAUUUUAACAGGUAAGGAUAACUCGUUGGAGUCCCGCCUAGACCCGAACAAGGUCCGGAGUUCUCGGGACAUAUUUUUCGGGAAACCCUUGAAUGAACAAAGGGAAGGUCCUGAUUACUAUCCCGAUUAGAUUUCCCGAAUUUGAUACUCUCUUGAACAAAAUAACAUCACCCUUCGCUUUUGUAGCUUAGCCUCUUGAAGAAAGAAAUACUUUUGCAAGAAUAAAAGUUUUGCUCUCUUAGGUCAAAGGUCAAAGGUCAAAGGUCUUCAAAGGUCCCUCCCCUGUCCUCCAAGCGCUGUUCCCUAGAAAAUAUAACCCAUCUUUUACAGACUGAGCUGCCAACCAAAGUUCAAAGCCUUAGGUUUACAUUAUGCGACACAUGCUCAUUUUUGGCAAGUAACCGGAAGCAGAGUCAGAUUUGGAAGAGGUUGAGAGGAGGAUGGGUACUGGUAAUUGUGAAAAAUUACUUCUAAUCUUGUUUUUUUAGGUUAUUGUCCAUUUUCACAUUUUAAGGGUUUUAUUUCCUCUUCAGGCCUCCCUCAGCAUCAAAAUGGCAUGUAUGGCCUCCACCACACUUUUCAUCACUUCGACUCGUUUGACGCAGUGAAAAGUCUGCCUCUUCUGUUACAAAAGGAAAAUAUACGAACCGGAAUCAUCGGCAAGAAACAUGUUGGGCCUGAAACGGUGAGGAACACAACUGUAAUGAUUACAAUAAAAGAAUAUUCCCCUCGCUUUUGACACAAUAUUUAUUGAUGUCUGCUAAUAUCUUGGAAAUUAUUUAUAUUAUUACCGUUUCUAAGCAGAUUCUAGGCAUGCACGCAAGCGUGUGCUUCAUUUCGAUAUUUGGUGUUUCGGUUGCUUGAAAGAUCGGGAAUGGCGACAAACAAGUCCCGAUAUUUUGAAGUCUAAAUAAAGUGGAAGGGAAAUUCGUAAUUGAGAGUGAAGGGUGAAUUAAGUUUGUUGGUUUUUCAAAUUCUGUAACGAUGGACAGUAGGGGUGGAUUAGGGGGGAGGGGGGUGGAGGGCAAAUGAUGGCUUUAUUGGUAACCCCAUUGUAACGUGGCACUGUUACUCUCUUUUAGGUUUAUCCAUUUGACUUUUCCUACACCGAACUGAACUGCAAUCUGUUGCAAUGCGGCCGUAACAUAACACACAUGAAAGACUUGGCUCGUGAAUUUUUCCAAGGAUCGCUGAGUGACCCUCGGCCAUUUUUCUUGUAUAUCGGCUUCUUUGACCCUCAUCGCUGUGACCCUUAUGGUAAAUACGGUAAGUACGCAAAAAAAAAAAAAAAACGUCAAGGAAAAGAAAAGGCGUAUCGAAAAACGGUGUGUACAUAAUAAGAGUCUAGUUCUCACCGGCACCGUUUUGUUUCUUCCCGUUCAUAGAAACAACUAUAAGGGACGUUAACAACGUUAUAAGAUAUCAACAUUUUGAUUGUCGCACAUAUUGGCAGAUUUUUCAUGGUAAUGGAUAUUCUUCCCAGGAAACUGAAAGCUUAUUAGGUACAAAAAGAAAGCUUGAACUAACACAUGAUCUUAGAAAAUGUGCUCAUAGUUUCAAAAAUCUUCGGAAAAUUUUAACCCUUCGAACUCUGACACUAAUGCCAAAAUGGUACUCAUAUGUCAUUCUUCUAUAUUUGUGUUAAUUUGCUCGCUUUGCAUUGAUUGCAUCUCCAGGAUCCAAAAAAAAAAAUAGAGCGUUCCACCUUAAAACGAGGCUUUGAGAAGUCAAAAGAAUAACUAAAUUUGUUCACCGUGUUGUUCGCACACUAGAAACAAAACCGGGACUGAUGAACUUUACUACGUCCUUUUUGUUGUAGGUGAGUUCUGUGAGAAAUUUGGAAAUGGUGAGCCAGGCAUGGGUGUGAUACCAGAUUGGAAGCCCUUGCACUACUCUCCUGAAGAAGUUAUUGUCCCAUACUUUAUACCAGAUACUCCGGCUGCCAGAAGAGAAAUAGCCAAUCAGUACACUGGAAUAAGCCGAAUGGAUCAGGGUAUUGGACUUAUUUUAGAUGAACUUCGGCAAGCGGGAUUUGAGGAAAAUACGCUCGUGAUAUUCAGUUCUGAUAAUGGUAUCCCGUUUCCUGGCGCCAAGACCAAUCUGUAUAAUCCAGGUACAUAAAUGACAGCUAACUUUUCUUUUAUAUCGCACGUGUUCCCUCGUUAGCCGAGGUUUGAUCAUGGUUCCUUCUGUGCGUAAUUCAGAAUUUGAAAUUGUAAUUUUUUAAAAUUAAUCAUGUUUUUAAAAACUCAUCGCUACGGACUGAAUUUGGUGCAAAGUUUUUUUGUAGAACAACGGGGUUUCUAAAAUGAUUCUAAUUAUUGUAAUCUCACAAAAAGGGUUCUUUUAAUUUAGCUUUUCAAUAAACGAGCGGGGCUUUUUCUUUUCAAUCAUUAGGCAUGGCUGAGCCCUACCUGGUAUCAUCCCCGUACGUCACUAAACGCUGGGGUCAAAUUAGCGAUGCAUCAGUGAGCCUUUUGGAUAUAGUGCCAACCAUCUUAGAUUGGUUUAGCAUCGAUUAUCCCUCUUACAAAUUAUUUGGAACACAUGAUGUACAGCUGACUGGGAAGUCUGUUCUUCCGGUGUUGAAAGAAGAACCAGUUUCUGGAUGGGACACUGUAUUUGCUAGCCACGAUUUGCAUGAAGUCACAAUGUACUAUCCAAUGAGGGUGAUGCAGAAAAAUAAUCUCAAACUGAUUCACAACUUAUGGUACAAGAUGCCCUAUCCCAUUGCCCUGGAUAUUUUUACCUCAUUUUCAUUCAUGGAUAUUUUGGAACGGACCAAGAAUGGUACAGAGACGGGCUGGAUUCAUGCCUUGAAACAGUACUAUUACCGAUCGCAGUGGGAGCUGUAUGACCUCAAGUCUGACCCUAAAGAGCUGAAAAACCUAAUUAACAAUCCGGCUUAUCAGGCUGAAGUGAAAGAGUUGCGUGAGGAGUUGCUGACAUGGCAACGUACUACUGAUGACCCAUGGCUCUGCUCUCCCGGGGGGGUCAAAGUGGGGAGCUUGUGUAUCUCAAUGGACAAUGAUGCCUGAAUGUUGCGAAAAAAGUUCCAAUACUUUUUCGUUUGUUUUCAAUGUCGAUCACUUUACUAGUUUCCCAUGUUGUAUUAGAUGUUAAAGAAAGUUGUGAUACUGCCAUCUUUUAAUAUUAAUAAUGAUAGACAAAAUUGCAAACUGACUGACUUUUUUUUCCAGUAAUUUUGGUUAACGACAAAAAUAUUUGCAAAUGUGUAGUAAAUUAAUUAAAUAAGGCUGAGUGUGAUCAGAAGAAUUAUGAAGAUAGAGGAGGUGGAUCAGAUCAUAUGAAAACCCAAUCUAUUUCUUUAUCAUUCAUUCAAAAUCAUCUCUAGUUUAAAACCAAGGUAAAACAUGCUUAUCCCGAUUGAUGUUAAGUUUCCGUCUUCAUCUGCAUUUUUCUCGGCAAUUUCAUGGUAUAAAGGGAUGUUUAGAUCCGCAGAUACUCUCCAAAUAGUAGAUGUCAUUCUUCGAGUUGUAUUUUUGCUGUAUUUGCUGUUUUUCUUAGUCGUGCUAUUUCUUCUUCGCGAGACGUGUGACUUUUCCGCCAUUUUAUCUUGCUCUUCCAAAACAACGCAACCUUCUCAGUUACUGUCCAUUUUUCUGGCAUUACGCUGUACCACUGACGUCAUUUUCCAAACAUCCAGGUUUGGUCAAACAGGGGCACCCAACGUCAAUUUUUGGAAAACAUUUGUUCGGAAAACGAUAUGAGAUCUAGAAUUUUGGAACAUUUGUUGUAAAAUUUGCUGCUUGCCUGCCUCUCCUAGGAUUUUUGAACAUCUAAAAAAUGGUAUGGCAUUUUUACGGAUUUUUACUCUAAAAAGGUCACCUAGAAUUUUCGGGAGCCCGUUUUCUAGAUGAAAUUUUCGAAAAGGUGAGUUUUGAUCCCUAUAAUUUUUGGAUCAUUAGACUUUCAGCUGGGAAAUCCGAACAGAUGGAAAAUUUUUAGGGGAUAAAAAUAUGCCUACAUCUUCCGUUGAAAUCCAAAAAGACAUUCAAAAAUGCUAUGUUUUAGUUGUUUUGAACUAUAUUCUAGUUGGGUGCCCCUGGUCAAAGAGGGUCGUCAAAGCUAGCUUGUUAUGAAGAAUUAGCCGCGGGAUUCAGACAUCAAGGUUUAUUGUAGCACUAGCAAUAAAACGUUAAUUGCGAUUAUGUUACAAAUCGAUUUACAGAGAAUAACAUAGAAAGAAAAAUAUAACUACAAUAGAUGAUUACAAAAAUAAAAUAAUUACAGUACGG